AUGGAGAAGGUAAUCCCGCGCUCAUCCGCUCCCAUCGAUGGAUCUCUUCGCUCGCGCGCCUCUGAUUCGAGUUUUGCUGGCCUCGUGCAGCCCGCGGCGCAGGCACCGGGGAAGGCGGCUUCAGAGGAGAAGCAGCUUGACGACAAGGAGCUGGAGCUAGAGCGGGAGCGGAAACUGAAGAAAGAGCAGAAGAAACUACAGGUCCAGUGCCAAGAUGAAAUUAUUAGUUAUGUUUAUGGGAAAAGAUCCCUUAUGGGUUCAGUGUUCUACUUGCAGGCUAGAGAGAAAGAGGAGAAAAAGCUCAAGGCAAAGCAAAAGGAGACUGCUAGGCUCCAGGCUCAAGCAACAUCGGAUGGACCUAAGAAAAGUGAGAAGAAGCAAAAGAAGAAGGCUGCGGGGGAUGAAAACCCCGAGGAUUUCAUUGACCCUGAGACCCCUAGUGGGGAGAAGAAAUCGCUUGCACCUCAAAUGGCUAAGCAGUAUAGCCCAAGUGCAGUUGAAAAAUCGUGGUACUCCUGGUGGGAGUCAGCAGGAUAUUUUGGGGCAGACCCUGCAAGCACAAAACCACCUUUUGUUAUAGACGCUAUGAUAAGGUGGAGGAGAAUGUCGGGAUAUAAUGCUCUGUGGGUCCCAGGAGUGGACCAUGCUGGAAUUGCUACACAGGUUGUAGUGGAAAAGAAGCUAAUGCGUGAAAGGAAGCUGACAAGGCAUGACAUAGGCCGUGACAAAUUUAUAUCUGAAGUUCUGAAAUGGAAAGAUCAGUACGGUGGUACCAUACUGGGUCAAUUACGUAGGCUUGGGGCUUCGCUUGAUUGGUCCCGUGAGUGUUUCACAAUGGAUGAACAACGAUCGAAAGCUGUAACCGAAGCAUUUGUUAGGUUGCACAAAGAUGGCCUAAUUUAUAGGGACUACCGCCUUGUGAAUUGGGACUGCACACUUUUAACAGCAAUAUCUGACAUAGAGGUGGAUCAUCUAGAGCUUAAAGAGGAAACUAUGCUGAAGGUCCCUGGUUAUAGUAGUCCUGUACAGUUUGGUGUGUUGAUAUCCUUUGCCUAUCCUCUUGAAGAAGGACUAGGUGAAAUUAUUGUCGCAACAACAAGAAUUGAAACAAUGCUCGGUGAUACGGCAAUAGCUGUUCAUCCUGAGGAUAAAAGGUAUAAGCAUCUGCAUGGAAAGCAUGCCAUUCACCCGUUCAAUGGCCGAAAACUCAAAAUAAUCUGCGAUGCGGUGUUAGUGGAUCCCACUUUCGGUACUGGGGCUGUCAAGAUUACACCUGCCCAUGACCCAAAUGACUUUGAGGUUGGAAAACGACACAACCUAGAGUUCAUCAAUAUCUUCACAGAUGAUGGGAAGAUAAACAGCAAUGGAGGUGCACAAUUUGAAGGAAUGCCAAGAUUUGCUGCUCGGGUUGCAGUUAUUGAUGCACUGAAGGAAAAGGGGUUGUACAAGGACACAAAAAAGAAUGAAAUGAAUUUGGGCAUUUGUUCAAGAAGUAAUGAUGUAGUGGAACCUAUGAUAAAGCCUCAAUGGUUUGUUAAUUGCCAUACGAUGGCAAAGGCAGGUCUUGAUGCUGUAAGAUCCAAAAAAAUUGAGAUUAUUCCGCAACAAUAUGAACAAGACUGGUACAGAUGGCUUGAAAAUAUACGCGAUUGGUGUGUUUCAAGGCAACUCUGGUGGGGACAUCGUGUACCUGCGUGGUAUGUGACACUAGAAGAUGAGCAAUUGAAUGAUCUGGGAUCAAACAAUGACCGUUGGAUAGUCGCAAGGAAUGAAUGUGAUGCAAUGCUUGAGGCACAGAAAAAGUAUCCGGGGAAGAAAUUCCAGUUAAAUCAAGACCCUGACGUUUUGGAUACUUGGUUUUCAUCUGGUCUCUUCCCAUUGACAGUGCUUGGUUGGCCAGAUGAUACUGCUGAUCUUCGUGCUUUCUACCCUACUUCAGUACUUGAAACUGGACUUGAUAUUCUCUUCUUCUGGGUGGCACGUAUGGUGAUGAUGGGUAUGCAACUUGGUGGUGAUGUGCCAUUUCAGAAGGUGUAUUUGCAUCCUAUGAUCCGUGAUGCACAUGGCCGCAAAAUGUCCAAGUCACUUGGUAAUGUUGUUGAUCCCCUCGAGGUGAUAAAUGGUACGACACUGGAAGAUCUCCUGAAACGUUUGGAAGAAGGCAACCUGGAUCAAAAUGAGUUAAGUGUUGCAAGAGAAGGGAAGAAGAAAGAUUUUCCUGAUGGCAUUGCUGAAUGUGGCACUGAUGCACUCCGUUUCGCACUGAUUUCUUACACUUCUCAGUCUGACAAGAUAAAUCUUGAUAUCAAGAGGGUUGUUGGAUAUCGCCAAUGGUGCAAUAAAUUGUGGAAUGCCAUUCGUUUUGCAAUGGGCAAACUUGGCGAUCAUUAUACUCCACCAGCAACCAUUGUUGUGUCUUCAAUGCCCCCGGUCUGCAAAUGGAUACUCUCGGUACUUAACAAGGCUAUUGGCAAGACUGUGACCUCAUUAGAAGCAUACAAGUUCGCCGAUGCAACAUCUGCUAUUUACUCAUGGUGGCAAUACCAGCUAUGUGAUGUAUUUAUAGAAGCUGUAAAACCUUACUUCUUCAAUGACUCUCAAGAGUUCGAUUCAGCAAGAGCUGCUUGUAGAGAUGCCCUAUGGGUUUGCCUCGACAAUGGUUUGCGUCUGCUCCACCCAUUCAUGCCUUAUGUAACAGAAGAACUCUGGCAGCGUCUUCCUCAGCCCAAAGAUUCUUGCAGAAAAAAUUCCAUCAUGAUAUCAGAAUAUCCAUCUGUUGUUCAGGAAUGGGCAGAUGAUAAACUUGAAAGUGAAUUUAGUAUUAUCUUGGAUACUGUGAACAAACUAAGAUCUCUGAAGCCACCAACAGAUACAAAUGAGAGGCGACCUGCUUUUGCACUUUGUCGAGGCGAAGAUAUUGCUGCCACUGUUCAGUGCUAUCAAUCUCUAGUGGUGUCUCUUUCUUCUGUAUCGUCACUUAAGAUCCUGGCAGAGAGUGACGAAACUCCACCUGACUGUUCGACUGCUGUUGUCAACAAAGAUCUGUCCGUAUACCUUCAGCUUCAAGGAGCUCUAAACGCGGAAGUGGAGCUCGAAAAGCUAAGGAAAAAGAGGGAUGAAAUCCAAAAGCUACAGCAUGCCCUUUCUCAGAAGAUGGAAGCGUCCGGUUACAGAGAGAAGGCCCCGCCCAGCGUCCAAGAGGAGGACAUGAGGAAACUCACUGCCUUUUUCGAGCAACUGCGGGUGAUUGGUGAAGCUGAGAAGAAACUAGAUGCGUAA